AUGAGCAGGGAGGACAUGUCGAUACCAUCGCUACAGGAUGCUCCUCGAAAGUCCUCAUCAAUGCCACCGUGGUUCCAGCUGCCGCCAGAGAUCCGGAACAGAGUGUACGAGUAUGCCUUUGGUGGUCUUGUAUUCCGACCUCUCCAACCGCCGAGCAUGGAUACAAACGCCGAGGCAGCGCAGCAAGUGUCACUGUCCUCUCCCUCGUUCAUGUCCUUGGCUGUGAGCAGACGAUGGAGGACAGAAGUCGCCCCGUACCUUCUACCAGCAGCCACAUUCGAUUUCACGGCUCAUCCAGGAGACCCGCCGCCCCUGAUUCCUGAGAAAGCGUAUGAGGCGAUGCGGCACGUGGUGAUACUGGAGACCCACUGUUUCAGCACGGAGUGGUUGUGUCGGGUUUUGGACAAGAUGCUCGAAGCGCAGACGAUCACGAUCCGCAAGCUCAGGAGGGUUGGCACAGUCGAUGCAAGCGCCUUCGACGGACCGGGUGUGUCUCUGAAAUUCAUCGACAAAGUCCAGUCCGACCCGAUCAAGGCUUUGCUCGGCGGAUAUCGUUUCGAUCACCAAUACACCAAAAAUAUAUUGAAGAGCAAGUGGCCGCAGAGAAGACUCUUCCUCGAGGGAAGUUUGUGGCCGGGGCAAGACGGCCCAGCUCAUUCCCACUUUCAAGUCGAUCUGGAUACAUGGAAAGUCCGCAUCGAGGGCCUGCUGCCGGGAGCGAAGCCGUAUGAGAUCCAGGCGACCGAGCCUGCGCCCGUAGGCAGGGCUUGUUUCGAGGAUGAGGAGGACAUGUUUGGCUAUCUAAUGAGUCAAUAUUGGGCUUCUCUUCAACAUGGUCACGACAUAUACUAG